AUGCACGGCCACCCCCAGCCCCAUUCCCGGCCCCCUCCCGAAUCCCAGCCGCAUCCCCAGCCGCGGCUCCCCGCGCCCGGCCGGCCCAAGGCAGGCAGGAGGCGCUACAAGACCUUCAUGAUCGACGAGAUCCUCUCCAAGGAGACCUGCGACUACUUCGAGAAACUUUCGCUCUACUCCGUGUGCCCGUCGCUGCUGGUCCGGCCCAAGCCGCUGCACUCCUGCGCCGGUUCGCCCUCUCUGCGGGCGUAUCCCCUCAUCUCUGUCAUCACCAGGCAGCCCUCCGUGGUCCCCCCCCUGCUCCCCGCUGCCACCAGCUCCCGGGUGCUGCCAGCCCAGCCCUGCCCGGGCCCUGGGGGCUCAGAGCCCGUGGCCAGCGAGGCCCAGGGCAGCAGCGAGUCGGAGGCAGAGCAGCCCACGCCCAGGAUCAAGAAGCCGCGCCGCAGUAGGACCAUCUUCACCGAGAUCCAGCUGAUGGGCCUGGAGAAGAAAUUCCAGAAGCAGAAGUAUCUCUCUACCCCCGACAGGCUCGACCUAGCCCAGUCCUUGGGGCUGACUCAGCUCCAGGUGAAGACGUGGUACCAGAACCGUAGGAUGAAGUGGAAAAAAAUGGUGCUGAAGGGGGGCCAGGAAGCUCCAACGAAGCCCAAAGGCCGCCCCAAGAAAAACUCCAUUCCCACCUCGGAGGAGAUUGAAGCAGAGGAGAAAAUGAACAGCCAGGCCCAGAGUCAGGAGCCAGAGGGAUCUCAAGCCCCUGAGGAGCCUAAACUGACAGAGGAGAAGCCAGAAGAAGCCUCGCUGGAGACAGAGAAAUCUCCAGAACAUAUACCAGAACCCUCCUCAGAGGAGACUACACCACUAAGUUAAAAGGGAAAGAAAGGAGGGAAA